AAUCCAGAGUCUAAUACGGGCGUUCCAAUUACAGGAAUAUAUCGCACGCCGUCUCCGGGAUCGCAGCCUACGACAUAUAUUCGGCCCCUAACAAAACAUUCAGAUAUAGCAAAGAAUUACUAUUUUGAUCGUGAUGCACGACGAAAUUAUCCACGUUUAGCUACAUAUACGCAAACUGAUGUUGCAAAAUUAAUAGCAGUUUCACACUUGAAAAGUGAUCAAGAAGGUUCUCAAGAAUCAAUUCCAACGGAAAUGACUAUUCCCGAAAAACUUGACUUAACAGAAGCAAUUACUUCAGCACCGGUUUUGUAUUCAACUGAAAAACUACCACCUGUUCCUGGUAAUUCUUUAUAUCGUUGGAAAAAGUCUGAAGAUGCCGAUGAUCCAGACCCAGGUUAUAUAAAAUUCAACGCUUUUAAGGAUUUGUAUCAGCGCAAUCUCAUAUAA